AUGGACACUGGACCCGAUGUCCGAUCCUCUCUUUCUAGACCAGGCAACAGUCAGAGGCCAAAACUUGACAAGAAUUCGCUUGAUUUUGCGCUCGAACGAGAAAUGGGACAUUCGCACAUGAUACAGUUGGUAGAACAGUUGACCCAACAGGCCAACGAAAAGCUCGAGAUUGCUUUACACGACUCACCCACCCAAAACGAUUCCGAAACAUUCACCAAAGUCUUUCUCAAAUCUCUGGAAGGGAGGCUACGUUGUCAUAUCGGAAGCUCGAUCCAGCGGGCGUUACGGUCAGUCCCUGGCAUCCUUACUACUCCACUUCCGUGGCCGACGCACAAAGCAGGAAUAAACCAGUCCGAGCUAGAUGAAUCCUUUCCAACCGGAUUUACUCAUUCUGAUGGUGCAAGACCACGUUACCAGAUAGGUAACCUCACCCAGGAUGCUUUGGGAGAAUCACUGCGCUACAGUAUUGGCAAGGCCUAUGAGUCUGUAGCGAGUGAAACUGCUCGACAAACCGUGAACUCAACAAUCGAGACCAAAGAGACACAGCCAGUGCAAGUUUCGAAUGACACCAAGCCACACGAAUUUGAGCCCUUCGUCGAGAACACGUGGAAUUAUGCCUCGAGAUCUCAUGACGAGAAGGAGUGCUAA